GUAUGCCAACCUCGGCAUCUCCAGCUGGUGAAUCAUACCAGGCUGAAAUGACAUUGGAGCUGUCUCUUUAAAACCCCAGCACGCGCCGGGGCAAACUCCUCCUCCGGGGAGGUUCCUUUAAAUGCGAGCCAGCUGGCCCAGCCACCGCUUUACACCCCAGCGGUACCGGCAAUUGAGGAUUCCUCCCCAGGAGGUAGCCGCCUGUCAGUAUGGCUCAAGAGUUCGUGAACAGCAAAAUCCAGCCCGGGAAGGUGGUCGUGUUCAUCAAGCCCACCUGCCCCUACUGCAGAAGGACCCAGGAGCUCCUCAGCGAGCUGCCCUUCAAACAAGGGCUUUUGGAAUUUGUCGAUAUCACGGCCACCAGUGACACAAGCAAGAUUCAAGACUAUUUGGAAACGCUCACAGGAGCCAGAACGGUACCUCGCGUCUUUAUCGGUAAAGAUUGUAUAGGCGGAUGCAGUGAUCUGACGGAAAUGCAUCAGAGUGGGGAACUGUUGAAGCGGCUGAAUCAGAUUGGAGCUCUGCAGUAAUUCUAGAGCCGAUCCCAGGACGCUAUCCCCGAGAGCUGGAUGCCACUUCAGUUGAUAAGCACACUUCCUGGUGUAGUGGAUCAUGUGGUGGACGGAGCCGGGGCUAAAAGCCACAGCAACUCUUUAUUUAAAACUCUGAAAUACGUUAACAAAAAAAAGGGGGGGGGUUGGCAAAAAAGAGCUUCUUCUUCUUUUGACUCAGUAUUAAAAGUGGACCAACUUGCCCCAACCCACAGGUCUGAGAAGGUUGGUGGAUAUCUUGGGUUUCUUCUUAAUUGGAACCUUAACAGGUUCCAAAAGACCCUGACUGCUAAGUGGAUUAGGAUUCACUCAGUGACCCAAAAGGUCUUCUUUCUCUCUGGCACAUGUCUCUUCCUAACUGCUCUGCAUAUGCUAGGACACCUCUACCUCUAAGCCAGUGUUUCUCCACCAAGUUUAUCCCAGGCCCCCCUAGGAUGAAUCUGUAAUUGGUUUUUGGCGACUGCCUGAAAGGUACUUCACUGAGAUUGACUUAUAGAAUUUGCAUUACAAAAACAGUUUGUCUUUUGAAUGUACUUUUUCAAGAUACGGGGGUCUCCCAGUCAUGAACCCCAUCCCACCCCAUCCUAUCUUGAGAAUCACUGCUCUGAAUCAGUGUUUUUAACCUUGGCAAGUCACAGACUCUCCUAGGGAAUGUUCAGCAAUGCCUCUAAGGGUCUUGAGAACCUAAUUUGAGAAACACCACAUGAAAACGGGUGCCAGAGAGAUCACAGCUGCUGCAUCAUGGGCACCUCUGUUAUGUAAGAUGGCGUCCAGGUAAUCCAGAAUAACGGUCUAUUAACUUGUUUAGAUUAUUAACAGAAGUAAAAUACAACAUUGAAAAUGCUACCACAGGGGCACCUGGGUGGCUCAGGGGGUUAAGCCUCUGCCUUCGGCUCAGGUCAUGAUCUCAGGGUCCUGGGA